ACAACCACUUGACCAAUUAGAUGAUCAAUGAUGAUUUAAAGAUGGGGUCUUGUCAGAGGGAAGUUAAAAAUGUCUAAGUUAUCAGUUCCUGUGCGUGGGUUUGAUUGGUCACAUAUUAUUAAAGUCACCAGAUUACUCUUUUAUUAUCAUUUGUAUGCCUAAGAUAACCCGGUAAUCUUUACAUUCAAAAAAUAUGACGAAUGAUGUAUCAAACAAGGAUAUAUGUGACAAGGCUAGUUCAUAGUCGAUUGCGGACGUCCUUAGAUAGAAAAUUAAGCUUACCAAAUUCAAAUAAACAAAGUUUGCCAACUAGUUGUUUUUCUGUGGAGACUCAUUAAACUACGGUUAGACGCAGACCUAGUUUGGAGUGUAUCUAGCCGAAAAGUAGACAACUAAGCGAAAUUUAAAACAGCGACGUAAAGGGAAAAAUCCUCAUUAUUCCCCUCUGACAGGCGAAAAAGCAGAUAUUUAGGCGCGUUUCUCCAUCAUUUUCCAGAGUAUUUUCACCUUUGUGCGCCUUUAUUUUCCCUUUAUUGGUUGCUUGCAAAGUUAACCAUUAGUUGCUCAUUCUUCGCUAUAGUUAUCAACUUUUCGAUGAUAUCACCCUCAAAUGACAUCGUGCACAGUACAAACUAUGCUGUUCAAAGUCUGACAUAUUUGUCAUGUAAGUGUUGAUUGUAAACCUGAAACCCAUUUUAAUAUAUUCGAAAGCAGUUUCAUACAUUUUGUAGUAAAAUAACUGCCCAGUCUCCCGAUUCUGAGGGUAUUUGGGGAAAGCGGUAUUAGGAGUUUUUGGGGGAAUGCGACGGAAACCUUAAUUUCCCCCAGCUUUGGAUUUUGCCCUAUGAUUAAAGGUGUUUUGGGGAAGUCCCCGAGACUAGGGGAACUUAGGGUUUUCACCAAUAUCAGAAGUAUGUUUCUGACGUUCAGUUCGUCUUUUUCCGAUAAUUAGUCUGUGCGUGAUUUACAACACAAGACUUCAUAUUCCAAAAUGCCUGCCACUAAAAUCACCAUUCAUUAUAAUUUUCCCACUUAUAUGCUGUUGGAUUCCAGGUUUGCGUACAUCAUCAAUCUUAAUGCUGACUAGGACUAAUGGCUGAGACUAGUUCUUGCAUCAUGUUAGAAUGAGGUUCAGAAAGUGGUACAUAGCGAGAUAGCUGAAGAAAUUUGAUACACUUGAUUGUUCAAUUUACCAAUCUUCAUUUAUUGGUAAUGUCCUAUUUUGUGAUCCAUUCUUCUUGAACUCCAAGUGCUCUGGUACGGCCGAGAUUCAGCUCUCACUCGGCCGUGCGUAUACAUCCACUGACAGAGAAGUCCUACUCACUGCCUUCUCGCGGCAUCACUUGUUUACGAAAUUGAGAGGACGAAAAGCGAAUGUCCGGCGCUUUAACCGGGUUGGUGGACACAGGAUCCACGUAGGGGAGUUGGCAAACCCUGACUCCGAACCAGUGGUGUACAUGGACUCCAGUAUCCUGAGGAAACAAAUGGCGCAUGAACCAAUUGUUGGUCACCAGCUUCCAUAGUACUGCAUCUCCUUAUGUUGCUACUCUUCCUUGUGGGUCAGACAUUAAAGUCGAAGGCUUUGGGCGUGGCCCCAUUAGGAAAACCGCCUGCUUCGGUCUGGGCACCCGGGCGGUAUCACAGCCCUCACACAAAUCGAAUGAUUUAUGUGGCGCAUAUCUAUUUGGUGCCUUCUUGUACCUAUGUUUAUAUGUUUAAAUAAUAGUAAUAACCCCUUGUUAUACCGAAAGCUUUGUGCUACAGUCAAAAUAAUGGAGAUUCGUAGCUCGGGCGGAUAAUUUUGAUGUACUAUACUAAAAAAGUAGUCACUUAAAUAUGCUUAUCGCGCGAAUUUUUUAACUAGUCGAUUUAAACUGUUGUAUGAUCAUCUAAUUUUUAAAUUCUGUGUAGUUUUCAGUCUCUUAUUCUAUAUUGUGAAGUCCAUUCAUAGUACAGUCUCAUCCUUCAGCUGCGUGAACAAUUUUGGGUCAUCCAUUUGAAGGUUCAGUUCCUGGUUCAAUACAGCAUGCCUCAAUAGAUUACAUUAAACUUUAUCGUUAGAUCAGACAAGAUGUUACGUAGUUUCUCGCGGUUUGGAUCUGAUAGAUGUACUCGUUUUCUCUACACGUCUUGUUAUGUCAAUACACCUAAAAUUCAACCAAGCAAAUCCUCACAGUUACUGAAUUCAUAUUUUGAACUUGGACGAUUCGCUAGACCAACAGGCACGUGGCUGUUAUACCUUCCUUGUACGUGGAGCAUUGCUCUAGCUGCACCACCGGGUCACUUACCAGAUAUCUAUAUGCUAACCCUAUUCGGCGUAGGCUCCAUUUUGAUGCGAAGUGCGGGUUGCACAAUAAAUGAUAUGUGGGAUAAAAAAUAUGACAUGCUUGUCAAACGCACAAAGGAUCGUCCACUAGCUUCAGGUUCAUUAAACCUUCCUCAGGCGUUAUUGUUUCUUGCUGUUCAGCUAGCGACUUCGCUUGUAAUAUUAUUGCAAUUGAACUGGUACAGUGUAUUUCUUGGUAUCCUGUCAUUGAUUCCUGUCAUCACGUAUCCUUUGUUCAAACGUGUUACCUACUGGCCGCAGCUUGUACUUGGUAAGUAUCAGUGUAGCAUUUUCUAACCUAGGUUCAUUGCUAUGUGGUUUUACAGGCUUUACAUUGAACUGGGGUGUUUGGCUUGGGUAUUCUGCUAUAAAUGGUUUUUGCCUUUUCUCCGUGUGCACUCCCUUGUAUUUAGCUGCAGUGUUUUGGACAUGCACGUACGAUACCAUAUAUUCUCAUCAAGUGAGGAUGUUUUGCAUAUGUCUUCAAUCUUUUUCGCGCUAAUAUUUCCUGCAUUUUACGAAUAUUCAUGUGGUGUUGACUCAUAGUUUUGCGAUUCUGCAUACUUAGUUUUGUGUUUUGACUUGCCGCCCAGUAAACCGGUAGCACCUUUUUGUUUUUAUGUGAAAUUUAAAGACUAGGUUUGUUUGUUCUGUGUAGGUCUUACAUUCAACUGGGGUGCUUUGCUGGGCUAUUCUGCUGUCACAGGUUCUGUUAACCCUCUGAUUUCAAUACCUCUCUAUUUUGGUGGCUUCAAUUGGACAAUUAUAUACGACACAAUUUAUGCACAUCAGGAUAUCGAUGAUGACAUCCGUAUAGGCGUAAAAUCAACAGCAAUUUUGUUUGGAGAAAAAACAAAGUUAUAUUUGGGCGCUUUUCAUAUGGGAAUGACAGCGUGUCUCCUCACUGUUGGAAUUAACGCAAAUGCUGGUUGUGUAUAUUACCUCGGGACCUUCCUUACCAUGUUUCAUGUUGCUCAUUUAAUACAGAAAACGGACCUAAAGAAUCCAAAAUCUUGUUGGCAAACCUUUAAAGAUAGUAAAAUAACUGGUCUUUUGUAUUUUCUUACCAUUGUACUGGAUAAAAUAUCACUAUAAGUUUAUUGUUCUUACUAAUAAAAUUGGCUUGUAAUAAACGUUUUAUAAGUAUCGGACACAAACAUAUGGUAUUUAUGAUAAUUGGGUCUACUCUCUUUACAAAGAAUUUUUUAAACAGGAAUAAGAGUGUUUAUUGUAAAUUUCGAUACACCAUCGACUGGCAAAUGUAUUCCGUUACAAAUGGCUUAAAAUCUAACUGUCAUGCUAUCCAAACGAGAAAUCAUUACCGUUCUAACUCAAGCAAAGAUCUUGCGAUUGAUUUCAAUUUACUC